AUGGACGGCAUGAAUUACGAUCCAAUGAUGGUGGAUGCAGAGGCGGAGCAGCCGCAUGUGACGGUUCUGGCGGCCGAUACCACAAAAGUCGAAUUCGAACUAUCGAGAACGAACCUGUCCUUUGCCAACUCGCUGCGGCGCGUCAUCCAGGCCGAGGUGCCCACGGUGGCAAUUGACCUCGUCGAAAUUGAAAUCAACACGUCGGUGCUGGCGGACGAGUUCAUCGCGCACCGGCUGGGCCUGAUCCCGCUCGACUCCAAAGACGUUGACGAGCUCAACUACUCGCGCGACUGCGAUUGCGAGCAGUACUGUGAGCAGUGCAGCAUCACGCUGACCCUGCACGCUAAAUGUACUUCGGACGAGAAUAUGAAGGUUUACGCGCGCGACCUCAUCGUGGACGGCCGCCACGCGACGUCGAUUGGCACGCCUAUAAUUACGGACCCCGACGGCGUCGGCUGCCUGCUCGCCAAGCUGCGACGCGACCAGGAGCUGCGACUCAAGUGCGUCGCGAAAAAGGGCAUCGCCAAGGAGCACGCCAAGUGGAUGCCCACGUCGGCGGUCGGCUUUGAAUACGACCCGCAUAACAAGCUGCAUCAUCUCGACAUGUGGUUUGAAAACGACACUAAUCCCAAGGAUGAAUGGCCUGUGAGCAAAUACGGCGCGUGGGAGUCAGAGGAGCAAAAGAACGAGCCGUUCAACUACGACGCCAAGCCGGAGCGCUUCUACUUUGACGUCGAGACCUCGGGCGGCAUGGAGCCUGACCAGAUUGUGCAGAGCGGCAUCCGCGUGCUACAGCAAAAGAUUGGCGGCCUGCUCAAGGGCCUCGACCCGCGCAAGUACGGCGGCGAGGAGGCCGGCGGCGAGUUUGACGGCCCCCGCAGUCCGGACAUGAACAUGGAGGGCGGUACCACGCCGUGGCAGGAUGGCGGCUACACGACGCCGUACGGAGGGGGGAACACGACGGCAUAUGGUGGUGGCGGCGGCGGCGGCACGGCGUACGGUGGCGGUCCUGGCUACGGGACGACGCCUUACGGGCAGUCGAGCUGGCAAUAA